AUUUCGUUUCCUGCUUUAGGAACUAGCCAAUUAUCUCACGCCACAUACUGGCUUUGUUUCUCCUCGGUUACCAUGCCCCGCUCUUCUGUCGCUCUGGCUGACGUAUCCACAACCGUGCUACAAAAGCUAUUGAACACAAAAUGCUUAUUAGUGGCCUCAAUAUUGUUGAGAAUUGGCUUUUUCGCGUUCGGGCUAUACCAGGAUGCUACGAUGGAGGUGAAGUACACUGAUAUUGACUACCUUGUGUUUUCAGAUGCUGCCAAAUACAUUCACCAGGGCUUGUCCCCGUACCUCCGAGAAACAUACCGCUACACCCCGCUUCUUGCUUGGAUGUUGGUGCCAAAUGUCUCACUUUUUCGUUCCUGGGGUAAAAUAAUCUUCAUUUUGUGUGACCUAGUUACUGGAAUCCUUAUCCUCAUGGUCCUCAAACUUUAUGGAAACAUCCCAGAGAGAAAAAGGAUUAUUUUGGCGUCGAUCUGGCUAUUGAACCCGGUGGUUAUUACUAUCAGCACCAGAGGCAGCUCUGAAAGUGUUCUUUCUGUGUUGGUUAUGCUUUUUGUGUACUAUUUGUUAAAGGGGGACGUUGUUCUCAGCGGUAUCUUUGUCGGUAUAUCUGUCCACUUCAAGAUUUAUCCCUUGAUCUAUAUCCCCUCGGCCCUUCUAGUUUUUCACAAAGCCCCAGCGUGGUACAAUCAUCCCUUGUUGAAUUUGAUCAACACCGACAGGGUGAAGUUUACCUUGGCUUCUGCAGCGUCGUUUUUGGGCUUGACUGGCCUCAUGUAUCAUAUCUAUGGCUACGACUUUUUGUAUAGCUCGUACUUGUACCAUUUGGUGCGUAUUGACCACAGACACAACUUUUCGGUUUUCAACACGUUGCUUUACUUCAACUCAGCCAUUGUCCAACAUACUACCAGCAUCCUUAGCAUCGAAAAAUUGGCAUUCAUUCCCCAAUUGUUCGUGUCAGGGGUGUUAAUUCCGCUUAUUUUCGCCCAGGACGACUUCGUCUCAUGUUUAUUCCUUCAAACAUUUGCCUUUGUCACUUUCAACAAAGUCAUAACUUCCCAGUACUUUAUUUGGUUUUUGAUCUUCUUGCCGGUUUUCCUUAGGAACUCUCAGCUUUUAUCCACCUCCCGGAUCAAAGGAAUCGCCUGCUUAUUGUUGUGGGUGGUUGGCCAGAUGUUGUGGCUUUACAACGCUUACAAUUUAGAAUUUUUGGGCCAAAGCACCUUCUACCCUGGCUUGAUGUUUAGUUCGGCUUUUUUCUUCCUCGUCAAUAUUUGGAUGUUGGGAAUUUUUGCGGACGAUUUAUGUGUCACUACACAGGGCUCCCUUGGGAUGAAGGGAAAAUAGUAGACAAUUGGCUAAAAAUAGGCAAAAUCAACAAAAAAAGUUAAAGAGCUUAGCCAGAAAUUGCAAAAUAUUAGAUCAACUACAUUACCAUCCUUUGGGGUUGCCAGAAUAAGUAAUUUGAUAUUUCA